AUGGGAGAAAAACCAGGGUGGUUGACGCUGGAUCCUACUGGGAAAUAUAUCUUCAGUACGGAUGAAGUCUCAAAUUUCCAGGGAAAGAAAGACACUGGGGGUGUUUACUCUGGCCAGAUUGACUCGGAUGGGGUGAUUACCGCUGUUUCAAGCGCUAAAACGGGAAGCAUUCCUGCUGCCGCCCAAGUUUCCCCCGAUGGCCGCUUUCUCUUGGUAGCAUCUUAUGCCGGUGCCGCCGUCGACCUGUUCAAGAUUGAGAAGAAGAGUGAAAUUCUGUCGAGCGAGCCAGUUCAAACCGUACACCUUCACGGCUCAGGACCUAAUACGCAACGUCAAAGACACGCUUUUGCACAUCAGGCAGUUUAUGACAAGGGUGGUCGAUUAGCGUUCGUGCCAGAUUUGGGUGCUGAUAAACUGCGAAUAUUCGAGGUCAAUGAUCCAAGUGGGCGCCUGUCCGAAGUCGAGCCGGUCAUCUUCCCCCCCGGAACUGGUCCUCGCCACUUGGUCAUUGUCGAAAACUUUAUCUAUGUUGUCUGCGAGCUUUCCAGUAGGAUAUUUAUCUUGAAGCUGGAUCGUUCAAGUCAAGACGGUCACAAGGCUGAAAUCAUCGGCGCGCUCGGGACACUACCUACGGACGCAAAUGCAGAUAACUUUGGUGCUGGAGAGAUUGCGGCCUCGCCCGAUGGUCACUUUAUCUAUGCUACCAACAGACCCAUGUCAACCGCAGGACCGAUCGAAGACAACACAUUUGCUGUCUUUGCUCGAUCUUCAGACGAUGGCAUGCUUGAUUCACCUACCUUUUACCCGGUGGGUGGUAGAACAGCUAGACACUUUGCGAUCAGUCAUGAUACCGUCGGUCGCUUUGUUGUCGUUGGCGCAGUUGAUAGCAACUUGGUCAUCAUCCAUCGAAGAGAUCCUAUGACUGGAGCUCUCAUGCAGAUUGCUCGUACCAAGGUCAAGAAGCCUAGCGUCCAAAUAUUUGCUAUCUAA